UAUGUGAAUGCCAAUUGUGGAGGAAGCAGAGAAAUAGUUUACAAAUUGGAAUUUUGUGUUGCUUGGCGCCUGAAAAGAAUUUGCUCAGGCAAAAUGUCCGAGGAAACAGCAGCAGCAGCAGUAGUGGUAGCCCCCUCCACUCUCACCACGGCCCAGAAGUCGCGCAUUGAGCGCAACCUGGCCAAGGCCCAGAGACUGCGAGAGGCCAAACUUGUCUCGCAUCCUUACAAGGAACUCGGCAACCACCUUGGGGAUACUCAGCCAGAGGGUGGGCCGAGUCAGGGCAGCUCGGUUAUCAAGGUGCAGGGCACCAAAUACAUUGACAGUGGCGGUGGCUUCCUGCUGGAACAGCCUGUGCUGCCGGCGGCUGGAGCAGGAGCUGCCGACAAGCCAGAGGAUGGGGCAGUGGCCAAUUUCGUGGACGAUGCCAUUGCCAUACCGGUGGUGUUCGAGGAGUGUCUGGAGUGCGGCGAACCCUUUGCCGACUCGUAUCUGUUUACCAAUUUUGGGCACUCGGUGUGCGACAAGUGCCGGGACAACGAGGAGCGCCACUCGCUCAUCACCCGCACUGAGGCCAAGGCCGAGUAUCUUCUGAAGGACUGCGACUUUGACAAGCGCGAGCCAAAGUUGCGCUACAUCAGCCGCAAGAAUCCCCAUAAUGUGCGCUGGGGCGAAAUGAAGCUCUACCUGCACUCGCAGGUCCAAAAACGGGCCAUGGAGGUGUGGGGCAGCGAGGAGGAGCUUGUCCGCCAGCACGAGGGUCGGGAAGAGAAGCGCGAGGUGGGCAAGGCCCGCAAGUACAACAAACAGAUGAAGCAGCUCCGCAUGGAGGUCCGCAGCAGUAUUUAUACCAAGAAAACGCAUGCUAUACACGAGCACGAAUUCGGCCCCGACACCUACAACGAGGAGGAGGACGAGUACACGCACACCUGCCUCACCUGUCCCUACACCGAAACCUACGAAAAGAUGUAGUGAGAGAAACCGAUAGACAUUCUUCAUUAAAAAACCUAUUUCGCCAUAUUUUGUAAGACCCUUGAAGGAAAACCUUUUGAUUUUGAUUUAAAAUUGUAUUUGAAUGCUGAGUUUUUGCCGCCACAUGAAUGAAAUAUAUUGGAUAUUGCUAAUGGAAUAUUAAAUGGUCCAUAUUGCCAGAUGAUAUGA